CUGUCUCCUCUUUCUCUUAGAGACAACACAAAAAAAUCAUUUAUCUUUUGCUUUCACUACAUAUUUGUAAUACAAAAAUGGGGUGCAAAUUAGUAGACAAGACAAAGCAAAAGCACAAGAAGGGAUUAUGGUCGCCUGAUGAAGAUGACAAGCUCAAAAACUAUAUCAUUAAGCAUGGUCAUGGCUGCUGGAGCUCUGUCCCCAUUAAUGCCGGCUUGCAAAGGAAUGGAAAAAGUUGCAGAUUGAGGUGGAUUAAUUACUUAAGGCCUGGCCUAAAGCGAGGGGCAUUUAGCUUAGACGAGGAAGAGACAAUCCUUACCCUUCAUGCCAUGUUUGGCAACAAGUGGUCUCAGAUUGCACAGCAGUUGCCUGGAAGAACAGAUAAUGAAAUAAAGAACCACUGGCACUCUUAUCUAAAGAAGAGAGUGUCCAAAAUGGCACAACAAACUACAUCUGGAAACCGAGAAUCGUCACCUUCUUCCAAGAAAUUGAUUACCCAAAAUUCUAGUUUGGACUCAUUUGAACACAUAGAAGGAUCAUUGGCUGAUUCAAAUCAAUCUGCUGACAUUUCAAGAGAGCCUCAAAAGAGUAAUUUACCCAAAGUAUUAUUCGCGGAAUGGCUUUCGUUACAUCAAUUUAAUGGGCAAAACUUCCAGAACUUUGAUCCUUCCAAUAAUAACUUUGGCUAUAAUAAUUCAGAGUUGCAAGACAUAUUCAUGCACAGUUUGCCGAUGAAUGGCGGCAGCUAUGUGAAUGGCAUAAAUCAAGAAGUUAACAAUGGGAUAGUAGAUGAUAUUUUUGAACCCCAACUCAAGUUUGAGGAAUCCAUCUCUGCAAAUGGAUUUGAGGAAUUUAUGUCGGGGGAAUUCAGCAUAAACGAUGAUGUGAUGUACAUAUAAGUUGAUCUUUUACAAUCAAUUUCAGAUUUACACAAUAGUGGUAUUUAGUUUGGAGGUAAUAAAAGAGAAACCACCAGUGUUAGGUCCUGUUUCUUCAUUAAGUAAUAGGGAAGCUUUCAGCAAAAGGUCUAGUUAGUGCUCAUUUUUACAAUAGAUGUUUUCUCCUUUAUUGUAUUCCAUGUUGUACAAAUUAAACUCAAAUUCAUUCUAUCUGAAAUAAAAGGCUCUGAGAGUUUUAACUU